AUGAGCUCGUCAUUCAGGGCGGUCUGGGACCGCAUCAAGCCGCUCAUACCAGAUCUAUUCACAAAGGGUCGCUUGAAUUUUAUCACAAUACAUUAUCUGUACAUCUCUGGCAUGGCACUUACAGGCUCCGUCAUCAUCUACGCAAUUGGUGGUAUGCCUUACAUUGAUGCCCUCUUUUUCGGUAGCGGUGGUGCAACUCAAAGCGGCCUCAACACAAUCGACGUCAAUAAAAUCCAUACCGGCCAACAAUUUCUUCUCUACAUGCUCAGCAUGCUCUGCAAUCCAAUCUUCAUCCAUAGCUCUGUUGUGUACGUCCGGUUGUAUUGGUUCGAGAAAAGAUUCAAGCACGUUGUAGAAGAAGCCCGCAAUCUCCGCAGAUCCAAGUCAAAGGGCAGAUCCGUUUCCAAAGCCAAAAACGAUCCUGAACUGGGCAGGAAAGAGAAGGGCGUGCGAGGGAGGAGCAUUGUCGUGCUUCAUGAUGGUCAUACGUUUGAUGGAAGCUUGGAAGAGGAAAAGUCCAAGGCCAACGCAGCGGAGGAAAGUCUAAGUUCCUCGUCUGCACGCAAUGAGAGCGUGACUAGCUCUAACGACACCGCUCAGGGCGAAAUACCUUCUGAAAGACAAGGAGCAUUGGGUGCAGAUGGCGCAGUACCUGAGAUCAUACAACCUCCUCAACGCCAUAACAUGGACCACCAUAUCGCCUUCCUAGAGAAUCAGAGGAGUCCCAAAGACAAGAGCACGCUGCGUAUACCAAGUCCACGCGAGUUUGACCGCGGCGGGAAGCCCGAGGAUGUCGGUGACGAAGAAAAUGCAGCUUUGACACGCAAGGCCACAGGCCGGCUCGAUCAACCUCACUUGGGUCCUGUGGAUUUUGGCAGGACGCCCGUAUCAGCCAAUCACAUCACCAUCAAUGAACCCAAGAUCUCGCGAUCUCGAGAGAAGGCCAGCCCAUUUCCAAGACUCGAGACUGAGAAGAAUGGCUCCCGCUCAUCAUCCGCACAACCCUCUGCCAGCCUGUUCUCCAAAGUGAGAUCGAGGCGGGCAAGUGAUAUUAAGGGUCUCAUCAGCGCCAACACCACCUUUUUCAAGUCGAAAGAAGAAGAGCCCAAGGAACAAGCACCAUACCUGAGUUGGGUACCUACCGUUGUGCGCAAUUCUACUUUCGUCAAUCUCAAUGAAGAGCAAAGGGAAGAAUUAGGAGGCAUUGAGUAUCGUGCGCUCAAAACUCUUGCGGUCGUAUUGAUAGCAUACUUCUUCCUUUUUCAUGCCUUUGGUGUCAUUUGUCUGACGCCAUGGAUUAUGGAAAGUGCCACCUACGGUUCAGUCGUUACUAGUUUUGGUCAAGGUCGACCCUGGUGGGGAGUUUUUACUGCAGGUUCUGCUUUCAAUGAUUUGGGCUUCACUCUGACGCCUGAUUCCAUGAUCUCCUUCGGCACUGCGGUCUUCCCGCUACUGCUCAUGACCUUCCUUAUCAUUAUCGGCAACACUGGUUUCCCAUGCAUGCUCAGAUUUGUCAUCUGGUUUACUUCCAAACUGGUUCCACGAGGAACUGGUCUGUGGGAGGAGCUUCAGUUUCUACUCGAUCAUCCGCGUCGGUGCUUCACCCUACUGUUUCCGAGGGCAGCUACCUGGUGGCUUUUUGCUAUAGUCAUUGCACUCAAUGCCCUGGAUCUGAUUUUCUUUGUCAUACUAGACUUGAAUGACGAAACGGUUUCGAGAAUGCCGGGAUUCCAGAAAUUCACCAACGGACUGUUUCAAGCUGCUUCGACUCGAACGGCUGGGUUUUCGGUUGUCAAUCUUUCCUUGUUGCACCCUGCAAUUCAAGUCUCCUACCUCAUCAUGAUGUAUAUUUCCGUCUUCCCGAUCGCCAUCUCCAUGCGUCGAACAAACGUGUACGAAGAAAAGAGCUUGGGGAUCUACGGGGAAAGGCCAGCCAACGGCGAUGGUGAUGACAGUGAGCCAAGCUACAUUGGAGCUCAUUUGCGCAAGCAAUUGAGUUUCGAUUUGUGGUAUGUCUUUUUGGGACUUUUCAUCAUCGCCAUUGUGGAGGGCGACAGGCUCGAAAACACCAACGAGUAUGCCUUUACUCUAUUUUCCGUGCUCUUCGAGAUCAUCUCCGCCUACGGAACUGUCGGACUCUCGUUGGGAUAUCCAACCAUCAAUGCUUCGUUUUCUGGGGAAUUCAGGACAGUGUCGAAAUUGGUCAUCAUCGCCAUGCAGAUUCGUGGACGUCACAGAGGGCUGCCGUAUGAGCUGGACCGUGCCGUCCUGUUGCCAUCGGAAUCGUUGCAGGAGAAAGAGGCAGCGGAAGCAAGUAGGAUGCUACAAAGACGAAUGACAUCACUUAGUGAUACUUCGAAAAGGGAUCUGUCCAGGAUGCAAUCGCCCGCUUCACAAUCUCAAACACCUUUCACCCCAUUCACCCCUAGCCCUCCACAAGACAAUGCUCUGACCAGUGCUGUGACGGUCAGCAAUGAUGACAUGAAGGAAAGGCUUGCAAAUAUAGAAAGUCUGCACAAUGAGAAGCCCUCAGGUCCGGUGAGGUCUGGACUCGGUAAUGCAAUGUUCCGACUUGCCUCACCGAUGCACAAACAGGUUCCUGAGGGGGGUGAGACUAAGCAGGAUUAA